AUGGUCUGCGCCAGGGGCAACUCGAGCAUGCGCGAGUGCGGGGAGUGCUUCUCGCCAGGCGUCGGCGGGGUGCGCGUGCAGCUGUCGUUCGCUGGCUCGUGCAGGCAUGCCGAGCUCGCCCGGCGCGUCGACGAAUUCGGCGGGGUAGCCCGCGUGCCGGGCCGCUCGACCGACUCCGAUCUCCGCGACGUCUCCGACCAGAACAUCUGCGAGGGCAUCGCGCGGGAGCUCGAGGGCGACGUCUACCGGGCGUCGGCGUGGGCACCUCCCCGCGCGACGUUCGUCACAGAGCUCGCCCUCCGGUCCGAGUCGGGCCCGGGGCGGUGCGGGCUCCGGGGCGUCAGCCAGAAGGACAGGAAACGUCUCCGCGAGAAUGCGCUGCUGGCUCUCCGUGCGGCGGCAGGUUUGCGCUGCGCCGUGGAGCGCGGUCAGCCGUGCUUCCGCGAGGCGACGGUGCCGCUGGGCGGCGCGCCAUCGCCGUCGAGCUGGACGAGCUUUCCGAGGCCGACGCUGUUCGCGUUCUUCGGCGCGGUUGCCGCUGGCAGGCCGACCGAGCGCAACCGCCGGAGUGCCUACCCGAACGCGUCAUCGAUCAGAGGGUCCACGAAACUCCGCGGAGCCGAUCGUGCUGACCAGAGGAUGGUCGGGGAGGACAUCCUCCUCGGCGGGCCGCAGCGAGCCGCGGACUCGGUCAGAAAAGUGCCGAGCUUGGGCGCCGUCGGCGCGGAGGUGCGCGAGGCGCUAUCCGAGAUGUCCGACCGCCAUCCCGACAUGGCCUCGGCUGCGCGCGAGGCGCUUGGCCAGGGGGGCGCGUCGCAGUGGCCCAGCGACGAGAUGGUCGAGUGGGCGCGUCGGCGUCUCGCGCAGGUCGUCAAGGCGGACGACGGCGAGUCAGUGGCUGACGGGCACCUCGCCACCAUCGUCCGCCCUGGUCUGCUGGGCGCAUGGCGUCGUGCUGCUGGCGAUCCUGACGACCGGCCGUCGUGGCGGUGCCGGGAGGGGGCGCCGACGGGCUUCUGGGAGGCCUCGCUGCCUCGCAGCGUGCUCCCGGCGGUCCUCGACGACGCCGAAGACCCGGGGGGCCUCGCCACCGAGGAGGGCUUCGGGAACCCCGCGGACGUCGAGGACGACGACGAGGCAGCCGAGCUGGUCGCUGAGCACGAGAAGAAGGGAUGCGUCGUGGGUUUCGCGACCCAGGUGAUCGAAGAGGAGCGCCUCGCCAAGAUCAGGUGGGGGAUCGCCUUCAACUGCCGCUGGGGCGGCCUGGCAGCAUUUUCGCAGGGAUCUGAAAGGGCCAUCCUCCCGCGGAUCUCCACGGUCGCAUUCGACUCGUUCGAGCUGUCCGUGCAGCCGGGGGGGCUUUUCUUCGCCGCCGAACUCCGCGGACGAUUGUUCGCCAUCCUGCGCGCCGCGCAGGGGUCGCGCGGGGCGCCCCUGCUAUGGGCGAUGGUUGCGGCUUUGGUUUGCUUCCUCACUCAGGGGGCCUUGGUCCUGGAUGUGGCUCUCCUGAGCUGUUGCGUGGACGACCCUAUCGUGGCCCUCGCGGGCGCGCCGCGUGAGAGAGCCUGCUGCGUGGCGCUGGUCGUCUACUGCUGGCUGUCUCUCGGCUUCCCCCUGAGCUUCGAAAAGGGGCUGUUUGGGGGCAGCGUCGCGUGGGCCCCGAGCACCUUCCCCCGCCGGUCGGCGCAGGUGGCCGACUCGUGGGGCCCGCGGGCCCGCGUGGAGAUCAGGGUAAAAAUCAAGAAGGCCAUUGCGAUGGACGUCCUCGCCGCGUCGGGCGACAGCUUGCAGUCGAACGAUAGAAUAUGCGCGGCCAAGUGCGCCCGCGUCGCCUCCCUGGCGUGCGUUCUGACGCCGUUCCACUGGCACCUCCGGGCCGGGCGCGGCGUCAUCGAGCGGGUCUUUGAUUCGGACGCUUCCCGCGGCGUCGGCCUCCAGAUCGACGCGGGCACCGACGCCGGCCCGUUGGGGCCGGGAGCGAUGCUCCUCGUCAGUGGUCGCGUCGACGAGUUCAUCGCCGACCCGCUGACGCAGUUAGACGUUGAGAAUUUCGGCUUGCCGAUUGGCGCCAACCUUGCAGCCUGCGAGGUAGCCUUGGACGCGGCCGAGACCGCGCGCGGGCCCGACGUCUGCGAGCGCGCCCUGGCAUUGCUUGCAGCCGUGGGCAUCAGCCUGUCCCUCGUCAUGCCCCUCGCCCGGUUGGGGGGCGAUGUCAUGCGGCGCUGCGUCGCCGAGGCGCCGCUGAAGUGCCUCGCGGCGGAGUUCAGGGCCCGCGUCGCAGCGAUCGAGGCCAGGGCUGGCGACUGCCGCGGCCUGCAGCGGCCCGCCUACGCCCUCGACGAGGCCGACCACGAUAACAUCGUGUUAAUCGGCCUAGGGCGCGUGGCGUGCUCCUGGGGCCACGGCGUCCGCUUAGGGCUCGCCGAGGCGGCCCGGCGCAGCGCCCCCCGCGCCAUGGGGCCCGGGGGCACCGCGCCGGGCGAGAGCCCUCGAGCUGCCGCCCUCGCGCCGCGGGCGUGCCGCUCCGGGCGGCCGCGGCCGCCGCGGGCGCAGUGCUGGGGGCCAGAGGGGGAGGAGGUGGCCACCAGCGCCGGGCAGAGCUCAACCUCCCUGGCGUCGUCAGCCAGCACCGAGAGGCUGGUCUGCUCGGACGCCUCGGAGGCGAACGGGCAGUCUGGGGAGUUCGCCACGGUUCCGUGCGUCAAGAACACGUUCUUGGAGCUCGUCUCAAGGGAGACCGCGCCGAGCGAGGCGUACCGAUCCCAGAGCUGCCCCGCCAUAUUCUGUAGGGGCACAGCUCAGGACUGGGGACGGCGGGAUGGGCGGCCAGCAGUCCCCGCUGCUGCCAGAGUCGCAGGCGACCCAGCAGCACAGGCGGCGGCAGGCCGCCCGCUGGCCUACCCUGCCCUGCCGUCGGAGCACGAAGCGCGCACAUGCAGGCCUUGCGUCUUCUUCCACGCGCAGCGCUGCGCGAACGACCUGGCCUGCUCUUUCUGCCACCUGUGCGACGCGGGGGAGAUCAGGGGACAGACGAAAACGAGAGAGGCCCGGCGAGACCCAGAGGCAGACCAAGGUGAGGCGGGAGAGGCGGCGGAGGGCCAGGCGGGGCGAGCUCGAGCUGUGAGGCCGCGCCAGCGCGCAGGGAGGCUUUCUGCUGGCCCCGGGCUGCUGGGUGGCGCAGGAGACUCCUCGGAAGGCUGGAGGGCCUCUGAGAAGCCCCGCCGCCCUCUGAGAGGGCCUUCUCCUGCUCAAGUCCCUCCCUCGCUCGCCGCCGAGGGUCUUGCGCAAAAUGGCACGGCGGCCUCACGCCGCGUCUCGCGCGGGCCGCCAGCGCGGCACGCCGCGUGCAGGCUGCCGGGUGGCGCAUGCAUCUGCGUUGCCUCCGCUGCCUUCGACACACGGCCGCCUCUGGCGCUCCGAGCCGCCGGGAAAGCUGGCGGCGUGCAGCGGAGUCCCUGUGGUCUCAGGGCCCGUUCAGGGCCCCCAGGGCAGAGCGUUGCACGCCAGUCGUCGACAGGUAGGUGUUUCGGAUCCCCAGAUCCCGAUGUACUUUGGACGUCGGGCGGAAGCCCAAACUACUUCCAACGCCUUCCUGCUUCCUGGUUCUGCCUGCUUCUGCCGACCGACGGGUAUACGGGUUGA